GCUGAAGUAAACAAUUCGUGGUGUCUCAGUUUAUUUACUUGUUUUAUAUAAAAAUGAGUAAUAUUUAUAUUCAGGAACCGCCAACAUCUGGCAAAGUACUGUUGAGAACCACAGUUGGUGAUAUCGAUAUUGAGUUAUGGGCCAGAGAGUGUCCGAAGGCCUGUCGCAACUUUGUUCAACUCUGUUUGGAGGGCUAUUACAAUGGCACGACUUUCCAUAGGCUGGUUAAAGGAUUUAUUGUGCAAGGUGGAGAUCCCAAUAACGAUGGCACCGGCGGCGAAUCGAUUUAUGGCCACCCAUUUAAGGAUGAAUUCCAUUCACGACUGCGUUAUUCCCGUCGCGGAUUGGUCGGGAUGGCGAACUCGGGCAAGGACGACAACGGCUCGCAGUUCUUCUUCACCUUUGCGCCGACACCAGAACUGGAAAACAAAAAUACGCUCUUUGGCAAAGUCACCGGUGAUACAGUGUUCAAUAUGCUUAAGUUAGAAGAGGGUAUCGUUGAUCACCAGGAGCGGCCCAUGUAUGCGCAUCGCAUAAUAUCCACGGAGGUUCUCAGCAAUCCCUUCAACGAUAUCGUACCGCGCUCCUUGCCGAAGCCAACUAAAGUAAAGAAAAGCAAGAAAGAAAAGCAGGGCGUCAAAAACUUUGGACUACUUUCGUUUGGAGAGGAGGCUGAAGGAGAUGAACAGGAAACAACAAUAUUUGUUAAGCAAAAUGCCGGCAAAGCGAAAUCAUUGCACGAUGUCGCGGAUGAUCCAAAGCUCAGCAAGGAAGCCAUUAAGGUGCCCAAAACAGAGCCUGAGUCCGAGCCAGAGCAGAACGACGAACACUUAUCGGACGAUUGCGAGGAAGAACCAGUCACCAAAACAUCCAUCAAUUCAGAUAUUAUAAAAAGUAAACUAUCAAGAACGUCGAAGCCCACUCCGGCAAAGCAGCCAAAACGUGAAGAUAUCAAGAGUGAAUCUGAGGAUGAUCAAGACGAUGUUCUAAUGACCCAGGAGGAGGAAAAAAAACAAAAAAUAUCAAAAGAAAAAUCUAAAAUCCGAGAAGAAAUUGCUUUAUUGAAACGACAAUAUCAAACGGAUAAGGUCAUCAAGGAUAAGCGAUUGUCGAAGGAAUCCGAAAAGAAUGCAAAGAAAGACGAUAUCAAGGGAGCGAACGAAAAUCAAUAUAUCAAAGAUUUCAUACAAACAAAAGAGAAGUACAGUGCCAAAGCAAAAACUACGGUUAAAGGGCAGGCAAGAGAGGAAUUUACGUUGAGCUUGCUAUCCAAGUUUAAAUCUAAAUUGAACAAUCUUAAAUACAAGGCAAACUCUGAAGAUGACGAAAAGGAGCCGAAGGAAGUAGACGACAGUGAAGUGGAAAAGGAAAUUUCUGGGGAUGAUUGGCUUGCGCACAGUUUAAAUUUUAAUAGUAAUGUUCCUGUGCUGGCCAAAGAUGCAUCUACCAAAGGGGAUGAUUGGUAUGAUGUAUAUGAUCCGCGCAAUCCGUUAAAUAAACGUAAGCGCGGUGCAACCGAUCACAGUAAAUCCUCACAAAAGCAUAAAUCUUCUAGACAAUAUAAUAAAUAA